AUGAAGGAUCGAAUAAUAAAAACUGAUAAACUGAUGAAGCUGUUCGAGGUAAAAGACAAAGAGCUUUCGUCAAUGAAAACAGAAUUGACUUUAUCAGGGACUCAGAUAACGGCCGCAUUAAGCGAGAGCACACUAUUACGUGAGGGUGCUAGCUUACUGCACUCCCAAAACAAAGAUCUACGACGUCAGCUUGAUGAGAAAGAAGAAGACUUGAAUCAAUGCCGAGCUGACAAGGAGCGACUUGAGUCGAAAGUCGCAGCACUUGAAUCACAUAAGAAACAGCUCGAUGCAAAGCUUGAAGAGAACAAAACGGCGCUCGACAAUAUGGAAAAGACGCGUCAGGAAAUUGAUCGUCUUCGCCGUCAGAAGAAUGAUGCUAAUGAUCUGAAGCAACAACUUGGUGCUGCAAAAGAGGCGAUAAGUAUGCUUUCCGAAGAAAAUGAACAACUUAAAGUACAACUAGAAGAGUCUGCAAAGCUUGCCCAAGAGAAUGAACAGCUCAAGACACAACUAGAGGAAUACGCGAGCCUUGUCCAAGAAAAUGAUCAACUUAAAGCGCAAUUGGAAGACUACGCGAGACUUGCCCAAGAAAAUGGCGAACUUAAAACACAGCUAGAGGAAUCCGCAAUGCUCAACCAAGAAAAUGACGAACUUAAAGUAAAAGAAAUUGAUAGACUUGUAGAAGAAAACGACGAUCUCAAGGACCGACUGGUGGAAGUUGAGUUGGAGAGAGAUAUGAUUAUCAAGCAACAUGCUGAUGAAAAGAAUCCGAGUCAAUUCCGUGUAGAAAAUCAGAACCUGAAGACAGACUUGGCGAACGUACGCGCUCAAAUAGGAGACCUCCAAUUUGAAAAACAAGUAUUACAAAACGAAUUGACGAGGCUGCUUACAAAACUAGAACGACAGCGACUCUCAUUGGAGGUGGCGGAACCAUCGAACGUUAUGAAUCCGCCACCGUCUCUGCCCCCAGCAGUCACAAAACGAGCGACAAAAAAGACAGCUUCCGCACCGGUUCCAGUUAAGCCAAAGGGCAAGCCUCGAAAGCCUCCACAUUCUGAAGAGCCUGCACAACCACAAACGCCAACUGUAUCAAACAUAGAAAAAACGGAUAGAGUAAAAGCCUGUCCUGAAUCAUUGGAAUCCAAACAUCCGGUUAAAAUAAAGGCAUCUCCCGAGUUUGUAGAUCCACCACAGCCAGUCAGACGCCAAUCCCCGAUAUCAAAACCCACGAAUGAGAGCCGUGAAGUCUCGAACAAUGUGAAGAAGAGAAAAGCUUCCGAGGAAGCUGAGGGUACGAUUAAGAAGGUGAACGCUGGUGUAUCGGCAAGAGUAUUCAACAAGAAUGAUAAAAAUGAUUGGUUCUCUGUCGAGAGGCUAACAGAGCACGAAGUCGAAGCCGAAGAGUUGGUGGAAUAUAUUGAAUAUGUUUUACAAAAUCCGCAAUUAGCAUUGAAAACAAUACAGGCAUGCCAUAAAAUCGUCAAACGAAAACCUGAUUUUUUCUAUCAACGCCUCGAGGACGUGUUUCGUGCAUUGAACACACCUUCCUUUAUAAAUCCUGCAGACAACAAUUUCCAGGAAAUCGAUUUUGAAAAGAGCGGGAAAAAAUAUAAAAUGAUUGAGAAAGAAGCAAACAUGGCCUCUUUUAUUCUUCAUCUCGUAGCAGUAUUUGGCAAAGAUGGGGUGUUCAUAAAAUAUUUUGAAUGGGCUCGCACAAAAAUAGUUUGCAAUCCUGAACGAGAGAUGGAGCUUACCCUUGUAUGUCGUAUAACUCGGGUUUUAAUUGUUGUGAACGAUCAAGUGGCGGGCGAAUCUAAUUCGAGAAUUCUUGUCAUGCUUUAUGACCUAUUUCGAGAAGGCUCAAAGCUUAACUACGCGUUGAACAUACUGGAAAACAUAGCGCGUGUUAAUCCUCGUGUAGUGAAUCAACGGAAGGAGUUAAGAAUGAGAAAUGAUCUCGGCCACGACCAAUACGGUUUUCUUGACUUGCUUGAAGCUAUAGGAGCACAAUUAUGUCGCGCCAAGCAGAACGACGAAAUGGUUACUAAAGUAUAUAACUCAAUUUCAAAACAUCUUGGUUGGAAUCGACCAGAAGACGUGAAAACUGUUCAAAACGUGAUGGACUAUCUGUUAGAAAUGCUGCAUAGCGAAGAGUUCAAGAAAGACCUAGAAUCGAAGUCACAAGGAAGAGCUCAAUCUGCAACAUAUUUAAAGAUGAGCAUUGGAUUAGUCGCACAAUAUUGCCCAACAGGAGAAGUACCUAAAAUAAUCAAGGAAUCUCUCUUUUCGUUGAAGAAUGAUGCAUUGCGAUGCGAACUGGUCGCGGAGAUUGCGGCGCAAAUCUGUCGGGCAGGCAUUCUUGACACCAAAGAAGUUCAAGGAACUGAAGAGUUGAGACAAUGGAUGAGAGAAGAAAUACAUUCUCAAAUCAGCCGUCAAAAUUCUGCGGCAACGUGGUCGAUGAAGGGGCUAUGCGCAAAAAUACUCUUAAGAUUAUCAUUUGGGUCUGUUGCCAAAGUCACAGAAGUAGUAGAAUGGUUUGAAACGUUAUCGGCGGAGGAGAAACUGAAAACUGAUCAUGGGCUUGCUCAAGAAUUGGCAAGCAUCAGAGCUAUCGCAAAGUGUUAG